AUGGGUCAAUACGUACGACGCCCCUCCGGCCCACCACCCACCUACUCCGCCCCCGCCGCCUCCGGUGGCCGCGGCGAAGCAGCAAACUACUACGGCGACUCGUCCGCCCCCGCCGCACCACAAGGCGCCUACUACCCACCCCAACAGGGCUAUGCGUCUCCCGCGCCCGACCCGAGUCGCGGUUUCAUGCCCCCGGGCCAACAGCAGGGAUACCCGCCCCAGGGAUACCCACAGCAGGGCUAUCCACCGCAGCAGGGACAACCUAUGUAUUAUCAGCAGCAGGGGUAUCCGCCGCCGCAGGGAUAUGUGCAGCAGCAGCAGCAGCAUUCAGGUAGUGGUGCCGGAGGUAUCUGUGCAGGAUAG